AUGUCCUUCAACAAUACGCUCACGGCCCUGGGCCACGCCGUGUCCGGGUCAGCGGGCACGGCCGUGUCGACGGCAGCCAUCUUCCCCCUCGACCUGGUGACGACGCGGCUCAAGGCGCAACGCAUGAUGCGCGGCGCCAGCAAGCCCUCGCAGCCGCGGUACGAGGGCAUUGCCGACGCGCUGCGGGCCGUCGUCGAGCGCGAGGGCGGCCUGCCGGCGCUGUACCACGGCCUCGGGCCCGACGUGGCAAAGUCGGUCCUGGACAGCUUCCUCUUCUUCGGCUUCUACAGCUACCUGCGCUCCCGCAACCGUCACCCGGGCGUCGUCGUCGAGCUCGCCAUGGGCGCCUUUGCCGGCGCCUGCUCGCGCGCCUUCACCACGCCCAUCUCCACCGUCGUCACCCGCAUGCAGAUGGCGUCCGAGACCAUGUCGCUGCGCCAGACGCUCGCCGAUGUCUACCACGGGCGGGGCCUCCUGGGUCUGUGGUCUGGCUACUCGGCCACCAUUUUCCUCACCCUCAACCCCAGCAUCACCUUCUUCGUCAACCGCAGACUGGCCAAGCGCAUCCUGCCUGCCCUCCAGGAAGAGGACAUCCCCGUCGCAUGGGUCGCUUUUCUGCUGGCCGCCCUCAGCAAGGCCACCGCAACCGCCUUGACCUACCCCUUCCAGACGGGCAGACUACGCCUCCAGAUGGCAAGCGAAGCAGCCGACGAUGCGCCGCCCAAGAGCGACAAGAACGAUUCCGCCAAGGACCACCAAGGCCUCCUUUCCCUGCUGGGGAGACUACUCGACAAGUCCGUCAUAGGCAUCAUCUUCAAAAUCAUCACAAAGGAGGGCCGUCGCGCGCUCUACGACGGCCUCCAGGGUGAACUCCUCAAGGGCUUCCUUAGCCAUGGCUUGACCAUGCUCAUGAAAGGCUUGUUCUUCCGUCUAGCCGUUCGCCUCUGGCUCCUGUCGCGACCGCACAUGCGCAAAAGACUACAGACCAAGUGA